UUUUUAUACGUCAGAGGUUUUGCCGCGUGCCAGUCAGAGCUGCAGGAGGCGCGGCGGACAGAGGGGUGACGAUGCGCUCUCUGCUGGUGCUGUGUCAGAGUGCGGCCCUGCUGGCUGUGCUGCAGGCCUCCUCCCACUCCACUCUGCUGGUGGAGGGCGACAAAAACGCCUCCAGGAUCUGCAAGCCCGCCCCGCACUGGGCGAUAAAGGGCCGCUCGCCGGCGCAGGAGCUGCUGGGAAACGUGGUGGUGGUGGCUCUGCUAAAGGCCAGCUGACACUUCUGUCUCCUCCAGGCGUCCCGCAUCGGACGCCUGCGCACCAAACUGAGGCACAGCAAUAUAACCGACGUGUCCUUCGUGAUUGUCAAUGAGCAAAAUGCGGCGUCCAGAGCCCUGUACUGGGAGCUGAAGAAAAGAGCUCCCACUGGUGUCCCAGUGUAUCAGCAGGCGGCUGAUCAGACAGACGUGUGGGAGGUGCUGGACGGCGACAAAGACGACUUCCUGAUCUACGACAGGUGUGGCUUCCUCACUUUCCACGUUGUGCUGCCGUACAGUUUCCUGCACACCCCGUAUGUCGAGGCCGCGAUCAGAGCCACCUCCCUGGGAGGCAUCUGUAACUGCUCUGCCAUUUCCACAACUCGGGGAACCGUCAAGCCACCGGACGAAGGGGUCGAACCCACAGAAGAGCCUGAGCCGACCUUCCACCACCACCACCAUCACCAUCAGUCCAGCUUCUUCCAUCAUCAGCCCCGCUCCUCAACAUAAGUCCCAGGACCAAGAUAGGUCCAAAAUACAUUCAGAUACGUAUGAUCGGCACUUUACCCACCAGCAUCGCCACUACAAGUAAAUUGUAGUGGCGAUUUACUUGUAGGUUUUCAAGGUUUUUUUGUCGUUUUUUUUUUUUUUUUUUUUUUUUUACAAUCGAAGUCCGUUUUUAUUUUAUUUUUCUGAAACGUUUAUACAUCCCGCCUCACUGUACAAUGUCGAACCCGCUUUAAAAAGUGCAACUUGCUGCUGCCGUUUUUGGAAAACAGUAGCCAGGACUCUCCCAAGUUCUCCCGUUAAUGAAGUCCAGAGUGUAAAGCCUGCCUGCAGGGGGCUGUGGACAGAUGACCAGGGGGAGAGAAAGGAGGGACUCUGACCGCUACCGUAUCCAGACAGAAGCAAAUAACAAGGUCCAACGACGCUGCUCAGCCAGAUUGUCUUUUUAAAGCUGAUUCGUCCCGAUUUGCUUUCUGCUUGAGAAGAUGUGAGGAUUACCAUGUUCAGAGAACAGGAAUUACAUCUUACACAUGAGACUUAGUGACUUAUUUUUGAUGCUGUGUCUUGUGCACUUGUAAUUUUCUCUUACAAUUUCUCUUUAUAAAUUAAACUUUUGUUUUUCUCCAGAUUAAGGCGGAUUGAGUAAUUAGAAACUGUUGCUUCGUAACAUAAGCUGCAAUAACUCAGAAAAUUUCCUGUAAUAACGCAUUUCUGUGUAAUUAAUAAAAACAAACUCAGAAUCCA